UCAAAGCAACAAAUUUCAAUCCUCUAAACCCUAUUCUUUCUCUUUCUCUCUCUUUCUUCCACCCGAGUCUAAUGGCUUUGCACUCCCACAUAGAGAGAGUUCUAUGGAGCGAGGAGCAAAUCUCUUGCCGGGUCACCAACCUCGCCGCUCAAAUCUCUGCCGACUUUCGUGCGGUUUCUCCGCCGCCGGUGGCCGUUGGCGUGGCCACCGGUGCUUUCCUCUUCCUCGCCGACCUGGUUCGAAGGAUUGAGCUCCCCCUCGCCGUUGAUUUCGUGAGAGCCGAAUCCUACGGUGCAGGAAUACAGUCUAACUGUGCGCCCACCAUUUCUUUGGAUUUGAAAGUUGAUGUCAAAGGCCGCCACGUCAUCUUGGUUGAAGACAUCGUAGAUACAGGACAUACUUUAUGUAGAGUUAUUGAACACUUGAAAUCAAAAGAAGCAUCCUCUGUGUCCGUGUGCACUUUCCUUGAUAAGCCAGCAAGGAGAAAAGUUAAUGUUCAACUAGUGGGUGAAGGCAAAUUCUACAGGGGAUUUGAGUGUCCAGACUAUUUUGUUGUUGGAUACGGGAUGGAUUUUGCAGAACUGUACAGAAACUUACCAUACAUAGGUGUCUUGAAGCCUGAACAUUACCAAUGAUUCUACACAUUAUUAGCCACAGUUUUCUAAGUGUUUUUCUUGAAUUCUUUCAAUUCUACUUGAUUGGUGAACAUAAUGUGAAACAGAAGUAGAUGGAAACUAGAAUAUUUUUUUUGUUAUGCAUUUUGAAUUGUACGAUUUCAUUUCAUACAUCAUCAAAAUCUAAACAACAUUGGUUGUUGAAUAA